CAGCGUCUGGACACUCCAAUACUCGCUCUUUUACUACGUACUCCUUAUCUCAUCAACCACUGUACCGAUCCCGAAACCCCCGCCACUGAAUGCUACACUGGUGAACGUUCCGUAGUCUGGCUUGGAAUUCCGGUCGGACCUCUCCCCGUCCUUCCCUCUGUCUCAUGGAUAUCUUCCCCCCACCAUCUUUUCGCCAAUUCAACUUGAGUUCAUAGAUAUGGAGGUUCAGACUUUGGUGUGUGCUCCGGGAAAGCCUCCUCUCCCCGCACAGCCCCAGCUUCCCGCAGCCGCUGCUGUGCCUGAGAAACGAAAGCGGGUCCGGAGAUGGCAUCACCGGGGGUUCACCGGAUGUUCAACCUGCCGUCGUCGCCAUGUGCGCUGCGAUGAAGCGUCGCCGUCGUGUAAGAAUUGUACUCGGUUGGGUCUCGAGUGCGAUGGGACACAGGGCCGCAUGACUUUCAAGGUCUACGGGCCGCCACCGGCUACUUUCGAAUCCACGACCGCGCCCACUAAGAAACGAGACAAGAAAUCGACUUCCCCGACACCACAAGAGGUGAAGCAGGAGUCGAAAGAGAAUGAGGAGCCUUUCGAGGCACUAGUGGUGUCUCCUACAACGGUUGCAGACUUCAAACCCAUAAAAUUCCGUUUCCAGGAGCCGAUCUCCCCAGCCGAGUUUAUAUCUUCGUCUCUCGACUGUGUCGAGGGCCGCUAUUACACACACUUCGUCGAUCAAGUCGCUACCUUGUUGCUCAUUUACGACAAUUCGAUCAACAUCAAUCCCUAUCGACGGUUUUUCCCGGACCUCGCUCGGUCAUCACCGUCCAUGGCUAGCGCCAUGCAAGCUAUGGGGGCACUGCAUCUCGCCAAUACUUCCAAAGGGCAGCAACGAAACAAGCAUCUUCAACAGGCUAUGAGCAACUACGGUGAAGUUGUUAAGUCUUUCAGGACUCGGUACACCGAGCCAGACCAGAGUGUCCGGCUCACCGACCUUGCCACUUGUCUAUUGCUGUCUCUGUUCGAGAUGAUGGACUCUCAAAAUCACAACUGGGCUAUCCACCUCAAGGGAGCCCGCGAGAUAUACCGAAUCUUGUUCUCCGCCAAUGACGACCCCGCAAAAGAAGCCAAGCGGCUCGCUGAAAUCAACCACCCGAUCCGACCAUUCCUGGUUUCUCUUCUUUCAUACCUCGACGUCGCCGGAGCAUGUGCCACCAGCGAAGGCACAGUGGUAGAAGGUAGUUAUUGGACAACUCAUGGAGGGGGCUGGGAGUACAAUCUUGGCACCCCAAGUUUGUCUUCGGAAGCGCCCGCCUACAACCAUCUCUUGGUGGAGCUGCGCCAAUGUUGGUCGGCGAUGAUGGAAAUCCAGGCGGCAAUCAGUGCGUUCGGAAAAGCUAAACACGAUGGCCUCAUGUCACUCGAGCAAGAAGACCUUGUCUAUCACGAACUGCUGCAGCGACUAGUGCAAUGGCGUUUGAACGCCCCUGAUGCUCUUCAAAGCCUAGGCCAGUUGGAUGACACGAGCUUACAGCAAUACCCUUAUCCAGAUGUUCUCGAAUACGCGGGAUGCAUCGAGGCUUACGAGAAAGCCACUAAUAUAUUCCUCCACCGAGUGGGAGCGGCAGGGCGACCUGAUCGUCCGUCCCAAAGGCCGCUACUGGACAUGCUUGCGUCGCGAAUUUUAGCACUAAUUAGAAAGCUCGCCAAAGACGUGGGACAACUGGCGGCACUAUGGCCCCUGUUCACCGCGGGACAUGAGACACGAAACGAACAUGAACAGAAAUAUGUACGACAGACCAUGACCGAACUGCAGCGAUAUGGUUUCAAGAAUGUCGAUCGAGGCCUUGAAGAGUUGGAGAAAGCAUGGUUCAAGCAGCGUGCCUUCCCCGAAGGAUGGAUCGAAUCAAUGGAUGACAUCCGUUCAUCCAUUCUUCUUCCAUAAUCACGCCCUUCUCGCCACUGCUAUAAUUCUUCACCCACGAUUUUGCAUCGGGAAAUACGACGCCCGAGC